GGCUCCCGGGAGCGGGCAUGGAUCGGAGGCCCGGAAUCAAACCCAUAAACAGCCUCCUUGAUGGUGUCGGCAGGACUGGUGGAUUAAUAGCCUCCCGCUAAUGUGCUCUCCGCUUCCUGCAGGGCCUCGCUUCCUGCUUUGGGAUAUGUGCCAUAAAUCACCUGGAGGAAACGCUCGCCAAGCUCGAGGACUUUGUUAGGUCUGAUAUCUUCAGGAAAUCCGUGGGGCUCUUCAGCAUCUUCAAGGAGCGCAGCGACCCCGAGGUGGAGAAGAUGAAGAGCGCGCUCAUCCUGUGCUACGGCUCCGUGGCCCUGCACGCGCCCAAGGAGCUCGUGCUCGCCAGGAUGGAGGCCGACAUCCUGAGGAACGUCUUCCAGUACUUCAACACCAAGGUUCUGGGCAUAAAGGUAGAAACCAAGGACCUCACCCUCAAGCUGUGCCUCAUCCGGAGCAUCUGCAUGAUCAGCAAGGCCGUCUGCAGCGGGGCCAAAUGCGGCGAGUUCAGCUUCUCCCGCAAGGCGGAGCUCGUGGCGCAGAUGGUGGAGUUCAUCAAAGCGGAGCCGCUCGAUUCCAUGCGCACGCCGGUGCGGCAGCGCGCCAUGGUGGCCUGCACCUACCUGGUCGCCCUGGAGCCGCGGCUCAGCGACCCCGACCGCACGGAGCUCCUCAACGCGUGCCUCGCCGGCGUGCUCGCGCUGCCGCCGCCGGAGCCGCCGCGCGAGCGGGACGGGGCCCUCGCCGACGGCUGCCACAAGGAGGUGGGAUUCUCCCGGGACCACCGGGAUGAGCUGCUGGAGGGCCUGCAGGCUCUCAAGAAAGGCCUGGAGGAGCCCGACUUCACCGUCCUCUUCCACACCUGCAACAACAUCGCCACGGUCAUCGGCAAGCGCGUGCCCCCCGAGCAGCUCAUGAGCCUGCUGCUGGCCAUGUUCGACGGGCUCGCCGACCCCGACAAGAACUGCUCGCGCGCCGCCACCGUCAUGAUCAACUCGCUGCUCAGGGAGCGCGGCGGCGUGCUGCAGGAGAAGGUGAGCCACACGUGCGCCAUGUGGAGGUCGCUGGCCUGCGAGCCGGCGCUCACCUCGCAGAUCCUGGAGCAGCUCCUGGACAAGGUGGACCGCGACGUGCCCUACAAGGAGAGCAAAUGCUUCCUGCUGGGGAGCAGCUCGGAGCGCGUGGCCACGCCGCAGCCGCUGGCGGCCACGUGCGCGCUGCAUGAGCUCAUGUCUGCUCCCGAGUGCGGGCCCGCCGUGCUGGGCCUCUACCCGCGCCUCUUCGUCACGCUGCUGCUGCGCGUCAGCUGCACCGUCGGGGUGCAGCUCCCCAAGAGCCUGCAGAGCCGCGAGAGGAGGAGCGGCGGCGGCGCCGCGCCGGCCCCGCACACGCUCGAGCCCUGCAG